UCCCUUUUCUUAUCCCCUCCCCUCUCCUCUCUUCUCUCCUUCGCUUCGCCACCGCGUUCGCCAUGGCCUUCGUCUCCGCCGCCGCCGCCGCCACCGCCGCCGCCGCCUUCCUCCCCGGCGUCUCGUCCGCGUCCCGCGCAGGAACACCCUUGCUCUCGCUGCAACGGCAGCCGCUCGCGGGUUCCCUGCGCGCGGCGGCGCAGGGGUCGAGCGCCUCUUCGGGGCAGGUGGUGAUGGAGAGCAAGGUCAAGGCGAAGAAGAAGAAGGGGUCCGGCGCCGGGAACCUCCCCGGAGCCAUCGACGCGGAGAUCAGGGAGGCGCAGGACUACCUCGCCAUCGACGAGCAGGAACCUGUUCCGGAAAACUUCCCUUUUGAAAUCCUUGACGAAGAAGGGAUGAGUGUGGUUAUUCUGAAAAGGGACUACAAAGAUGAGAAGAUUGAGGUCAUUGUCAGCAUGCCAAAUUUAGAAGGGGGCCCUGAGUUUGACGACGAAGAAGCCGAGGGUGAGGGCAAGAAUGCUAGCAAGGAUGAUGAAGAUGAAGAGGAAGACGAGAGCGCUGGAGAUAGCAGCGUGUCUCUAAAGGUGACAGUCUCCAAGGGCUCUGGGCCCAAACUUGAGUUCACCUGCACAGCCUUUCGUGAGGAGAUCACCAUCGACGACAUGUUAAUAGUGGAGAAUGCAGCCACAGAAGGAGAUGAGAAAUUCCCUUACGAGGGCCCUGAAUUCACCGAGCUACCGGUGAAUGUGCAGAAGGGCCUAUUCAAGUACCUGGAGCAAAGAGGGAUCACUCUGCCGACCACCAACUACAUGCACGAUUACAUGGUGACCAAGCAAACCAAGGAGUACGUCGGGUGGAUGACCAAGCUGAAGGACUUCGUCCGGCAAUGAGAAAUUGCCGAGCAAUUUGGCAGGAUUUUUGGUAGCUUAGCCUUUUAGCAUACCUGCAUAUGUAACAAGGAUUACUAGAAUUAUGCGAAGCAAUGCAACAACCGGGGAAACUGCCUUCCCUGCAAUGUGCGAUUUCUGAUGCCCAGUAGUCAAUCUGAGGCUAUUGGCACUUAUGAUAUCAGUGCUUAUUUUACUAGCCUUUUACCGUUUCUUGGUGCUGCUUA